AUGGAAACAAUGAACAUCUGGACCCAUCUUCUGGGCUCAAUGGCCUUCAUUGCUGUUGGUUUUGAACUGAAUCACACUGUCUCGCGCUCUCAAGACCUCAAUUUCGGCCGCGGCGAUGUAUUUGCUUUCGGGUCCUUUUUGGCCUCGGCAACCAUCUGCUUUGGCCUCAGCGCUGGAUUUCACACCCUAAGAAGCCACUCUUACAAUAUCCACCAGCUCUGGGGCAGACUGGAUAUCCUCGGAAUCUGCUUCCUCGCCCUUGGAGCUGGUACAUCCAUGACAUAUUACGCAUUUUAUUGCAGGCCCUUCAUCCAGCAGGUGUACUGGGGGCUCAAUCUUUUCUCGGCGAUUGGCGCUGCCAUCGCUUUGUUUGAUACCGGCGGUGGAGGUAAUAAAAUGAGGACUCUGCGAGGAGGUGUCUUCUCCCUGCUCGCUAUCUCUGCCAUGUUGCCUAUCCUCCAAAGUGUUAUUGAGUUGAGUUGGACGCGUGCGAGUAAUGAAAUUGGGGCUGGGUGGUACCUCGCAGAAGCACUCUCCCUCUUGACUGGAGUGAGUGUUUUCGUCUGUCGAUUCCCAGAGAGACUGAGCCCCGGGACCUUUGACAUUUGGGGUCAUUCGCAUCAGCUUUGGCAUAUGUUUGCAGUGCUUGGCGGCGCUUUUCAUGUUGUUGCUUUGGUGGCUGCAUACAACUACCGUCGGAUGCACAAAGUCUGUUGA